AACAACAAUUCAACAAAAAACACACAAUAUUGAGAAUCUGUCACAACUUUACAAUCGGAUAUUUACAACUUUAACCUGCAGCUACUGUUUAUGCACAUUUAAAAUUGUUUUUUUGUAUUACUCUUGUUAAGACAAACUUUAACCAAAACCAAGGAAAAACUGUUAAUUUUGUGGUUUUUUGAUUCCGUUCAACAUGUGUUUAAUACGUUUGUACCUUGACUGUGUUUAGUUGUGAAUACACUCAUGGAUAUCAAUGAUUGUUUGAAAGAGUUAAAUCAUCAUGGAUACAUUAGUGAACAAAUUACUCUCAAAAUACUAUUAAUCAAGCUACCGAUUAACCAGAGCAUACUAAAUGCUGUGUCCAACAAACAAGUUUAUUGGAUAAAAGUUUAUAUGAGAUAUGUUAUUCUCAUUUCUUCUUGGAAUCACACUUAAAUUGGCUCAAUUAAUCAUGAUUUCGUGUAAUGAUGAUUGUGAAUGCGGCAUUUCAGAAGGUGCUCAGAGCCGAAUUUUCAUGGGAAAAGAAGCGACACCCAAUAAGUACCCAUGGAUAGCUCAUAUAAGGUUUAAAUUAAACCAACAUGACUCGAGAUAUGUUAAAUGUGGUGGAAGUUUGAUUGACAAUCAACAUGUAAUGACAGCAGCUCAUUGUAUUUUUGAUGAAUUUGGAAUAUUACGUAAAAGGAAACUGACUGAAGUAUAUUUGGGUGCUCACAGUAUAUCAAAAGAUUUGGAAAAUAAACACAGCGUUUCCAAGUUUAUUUAUGACAAACGGUUUGACAUAACAGAGCGAAAACUUGACUUUGACUUUGCAAUUCUUAAAUUGAGCAAGCCUGUUCAAUUUAGCGAAGAUAUUUAUCCAAUUUGCAUUCCUGAUGCCAAAAUUAAAGACUAUGAAAGUCUGAUUGUUGCCGGUUGGGGUAAACUAUCGGAGAUUGAAGGUGCACCUGAUAAAUUAAAUGAAGUUGAAGUGGAUUUCAUUGAUAAUGAAAGAUGCAACAAAAUGAAUUAUGAAUUUACUCUACGAGUCCGAGGUGUUGUUGAAACUUACCCUGGUGAAUAUGCAAGUUUAGUGACACCAAUCCAUGAAAGCCAUAUGUGCGCCAUAGAUGUAACUACCGGCGGUGGUUCUUGUAUUGGUGACUCUGGUGGACCAUUAAUGUACAAAAACCCUGAGAAUCAUCGCUGGUAUGCGGUUGGAUUAGUGUCUGGAGGAUACGGUGUUUGUGGUAACAUAAAUAUACCAACUCUUUAUACCAUUGUUGCCAAAUACAAGAAAUUUAUUCAAAAAUAUGCUCCCGAAAGUCAAAUUUGCAGCAUAUAAUUUUCAAUGGCAAUCAAUCAGCUACGAAUUAU